AUGGAACCCGGUGAUCAACAUGAUUCUGCUAGAUUGUCAGCCACAAAUCCGUUCCGAAGAUCUCGUCAUGGGAGCACCUCCGGCGACUCAAUUAAGGGUAGGAUCAGGCGUGCAUCGCUUUCUCUGAAAGGCAUCGUUCUCCGUGAACGCCGAGGAUCAGAACCCGCUACCGACAGCAACAACAAUAACGAAUUGCGCCCUACCACCGCACAUUCCACCUGGCACAAGCUACGACAAGCCGCUAGCUUCCGACACUCGCGAACCUCAUAUGGUGGUCACGGUACCUUGGAGACCAUCUACUCCCCCCUACAAGCCGAAUUCCAUAGCCUUCCUGUGCCCGGCAAUGGUCUCGAGCCUCCCAUCAUCCCCUGGCACACGGGUGCUGCUGCCAAAGCUGCUGCCGUCUUGCAGAACGAAUCGCUAAGCCAUGCACGCCACUAUCAUGAAUUGGUAUCUCUUGCCGAAUCCCAGAAUGAUCGCGAGAGUGGAAUUGGAAUCACAUUUACCAUGUCCACAUCUCAUGUCAACGAAUCUGUGGAAGAGGGUGCGCCUAUAAUCAGAAAAGAUUUUGUAGUCGAACUGCCUUGCGAGCUUGCUGUGCAGAUUCUCUCUUACUUGGAUGCCACUCAGCUAGCGACGGCAAGUAGAGUAUCUAAAUUUUGGCAUAGCAUUAUUCAGGAUCAACAUAUCUGGCGUCUGUCUUUCCUCAGGGAAAAGACGAGCACCUAUGCUACCAGCCAGCCUAUCCAGCCUGGAACUGGUUCUGGUGUGCCUUCCAUUCGUCCCGGAAAUGAUUGGCAAAAGAUCUACAAGGCGCGACAGGAGCUGGACAAGAGAUGGAAGUUGGGGAAACAGGCUCGCGCAAUCUUCCUUUAUGGGCACACGGACAGUGUUUAUUGCCAACAAUUCGAUGAGAACAAGAUUAUCACUGGUUCUCGAGACAAGACUAUUCGAAUUUGGGAUAUGCAUACUCUGCAGUGUCGUCUCAUCAUUGGACCGCCCCGAGCUGUCAAUGAUACUUCGAUUCUAUUCGACGAAAAUGGCCAUCCUACGCACUACGCCUUAUGUCCCGAUAACCAACAAAUAAAUGCGUCAGUGCCUGUCACAGUCUCAUUUCCGAUCCACCAUAGCGCAUCUAUUCUCUGCCUCCAAUACGAUGACGAUAUUUUGGUGACCGGCUCUUCGGAUUCCACCUGCAUCAUAUACAACGUACGCGCUGGCUACCGACCCGUUCGACGCCUUCAGUUUCACACCGCCGCUGUUCUCGAUUUGGCAUUCGACGACAAGCAUAUUGUGACAUGCUCCAAGGACUGCAGUAUUUGCGUGUGGGAUCGCGCCACGGGUGCCUUAAUCAAGCAGCUGAAUGGCCAUACCGGACCAGUGAAUGCGGUACAACUACGCGGAAAUACCCUUGUGUCCUGCUCUGGAGAUUUUACCGUGAAGCUUUGGAAUAUCGAUAGCGGUAGAGUGAUCCGCGAACUUGCGGGACACACCAAAGGUCUUGCCUGCAGCCAAUUCUCAGAAGAUGGCCGAUACGUUGCCUCCGCCGGAAGCGACAAGGUCAUUCGCAUCUGGGAUGCCAACACGGGCGAAUGCCUCCGAGAGAUACAGGCACAUGAGAGCCUAGUUCGCAGUUUGCACAUUGACAGCGCCAGUGGCCGACUUGUUAGCGGUAGUUAUGACACAGAUAUCAAAGUUUUUGAUAUGGAGACUGGUCAACAACACCUCGACUUCCCCGGUUGGCAUGCUAGUUGGGUACUUAGCGCUAAGUGCGACUACAGGAGGAUCGUCAGUACUGGACAGGAUGCGAAGAUCCUUAUUAUGGACUUUGGUGCUGAUGUUCCAGAUAUCAGGAUGCUCGAGAGCGCUCGUAAGCCUGAAGUUGGAUGUGAAAUCCGCAACGCCGGGUACGCCAGUUUCAUAUGA